UCCAACCAGAAAACAAUCACCGUCAACACAAGCGGCCCACCACGACUCACGUCGCAUCUGCUCCCAAACUUGCGGCUCGCGAGGUCGGCGAUCACCGGCGAUGAGCUCCCGGAUGGCCGGAUCCCUCCUCCUCCGCCACGCCGGCGCCCGCUUGUUCACCGCGGGGGCGGUCUCCCCAGCGGCGGCGGCCGCGAGGCCGGCACUGCUCGCUGGCUGCGACGGCGUCCCGCCGGCGGUCAUGGUGCGGUUGAUGUCCACGUCCUCCUCCUCUCCCGCCGCGGCGGCGGCAGCAACGCAGAAGGCGAAGGAGGAGGCGGUGAAGGCGGCCAAGGACGGAGGGGACAAGAAGGCCGUGGUGAUCAACAGCUACUGGGGCAUCGAGCAGACGAACAAGCUGGUGCGGGAGGACGGCACCGAGUGGAAGUGGACGUGCUUUAGGCCAUGGGAGACGUACACGGCGGACACCUCCAUCGAUCUGACCAGGCACCACGAGCCCAAGACGAUGCUCGACAAGAUCGCCUACUGGACCGUCAAGUCACUGCGCUUCCCCACCGACGUCUUCUUCCAGAGGCGGUAUGGCUGCCGGGCGAUGAUGCUAGAGACCGUGGCCGCGGUGCCGGGGAUGGUGGGCGGCAUGCUGCUCCACCUGCGCUCGCUCCGCCGCUUCGAGCAGAGCGGCGGCUGGAUCCGCGCGCUGCUUGAGGAGGCCGAGAACGAGCGCAUGCACCUCAUGACCUUCAUGGAGGUGGCCAAGCCGAGGUGGUACGAGCGCGCGCUGGUGAUCACCGUCCAGGGCGUCUUCUUCAACGCCUACUUCCUCGGCUACCUCCUCUCCCCCAAGUUCGCGCACCGCGUCGUCGGCUACCUCGAGGAGGAGGCCAUCCACUCGUACACCGAGUACCUCAAGGACCUGGAGGCCGGCAAGAUCGACAACGUCCCCGCCCCGGCCAUCGCCAUCGACUACUGGCGCCUCCCCGCCAACGCCACGCUCAAGGACGUCGUGACCGUGGUGCGCGCUGACGAGGCUCACCACCGUGAUGUCAACCACUUCGCAUCGGACAUCCACUGCCAGGGCAUGCAGCUGAAGGAGUCCCCUGCGCCGAUCGGAUACCACUGAGGCUGAUUGCGCUCUGCUGAAUUUUGCAUCGCUAAUAAGAAAAUGAGCGUUUUGUUUUUAAGGGAAAGCGUGCUGAUGAGUUAUGAGUAUUACUACUGCAAGCAGGAUAUGUUUGAACCAUUUCUUUAAGAGUGAAACCUAUUUACACCUUAGUCUUUUAUUGGGGGAAAAAGAUUAAUCUACAUAGCUAUGUACAGGUGCUUUUUGGGCGUUUUUCACUUGGAGUUCGUCUGUUCUGUCAUUUCACCUGAAUUGGCUAUCUGAUGUUGAUCUGAUAUGUAGACACUUGGCUCA